AUGCAUUUCGGCUGUCACGCAAAGAAAAUUGAGGAUGGCGAAGUUGUAGCGUCUUUCAGUGUGUAUUUCACACCAUCUCUUUUGCAUCAGACGCAUAUUUUUCAAUAUCCUCUUAGACAAAGCAAAAGACCUUAUGAAACAAAUGAGGCAAAGCUUUUUUGCACUGAAGGUAUUAACCCUGAGAUUUCUUCCUCGAAUGUUAGUAGUGGAAAUAAAGCUUUAAUAAAUGCCAAUUCACGUCUCACUAUGCGAUGCACACUUGAUACCUUUAACUCGAAAUCAUUCAGGUCUGAUGAAGCUGAAGAAAAUAAGCAGAGCUUGCCUGAUAUGGAUCACACUUAUUCUUUCUCUUUGCAGUCAAAGCCAUUUGCUUCUCAUUCAGACUAUGCAAUUGGUUAUUUUUACGGAGGAGGUUUUCACUUGACACCAGUUUCUUCUAUUCAACAAUUUUUACCUGCUCUUGAAUCUAAAUUCAAUGCUGACGAUGCUGCCGCAAAGCCUUCUGGAGGGCCUAUUCGCAUACGCCAAGAACAUUCCAGUACACAAGCAACUGCCGCUUCGGGUCUUUUCACUUCUAUUCGAUUGCAGAAAGAACUACUGCGCCAAAGAAGUGUCAUGAUUAAUUCUGAUGCUGAUACUGCAGUAGAGUUCAAGUUUUACUUUUCGAGGUCUGUAGAAAGUUGGAGCAUAAAGAAAAAACUUAUUUGCACUACGAAAGAAAAUGCAUCAGGCAUGAAUAUUUUAAAGUCUAGGGAAUCACAGAUAGAAGACAGUUUUUACCCGCCUCAGCUUUGCGCUUCUAGUGGUAUAUCCGAAGGUGAGAAUGCCUUACCGCCAAUCAUUCGAUCUUUUGCAGCCUCUUACACUAUUUUGGAGCAGGUCACUAAUCUGCUCCAAAGAUGCCAAGUUCUAACGCUAGAAAUUCUGAGAAAAAAUUUAUCAGAACCAAAUUCCACAAGCCUUGACACUCGUGUACCAGAUGCUAGUAUCAUGGAGUCCUUGAAGUCAACUGCGGUCUAUAUGCAUGGAGUAUGGGUUUGUGGCUUCUCAGGGAGAUUUAAGGGUUCUAUCGCCGCGUUGAGGGAAGUUAUACUCCUAGAAUUUCAACGAUCACCUGACGGUUCUAUUAGGCGGUCUCAACUGAACAACUUGGUACAAACAUCGAACUUGCGACGUUCCAUAAAAGAAAUUCUUGAAACGCUUUCAGUGCUUAACAGUGGAGAGUUUGACCCAGAGAAGCGACGCUGGAGGCUACGCUACGUUCCUGAAGAUCGUACUGAAUAUCAAAAAAAUGUAAGUUAUAUUGAAUCUCGUUUUCAAUGCGAAAUAGCUGCCCAACAGGAAUUGUGGAAUACUCGAACAGCUCAAAUUCUUAAUCAUCUUCCAUAUAUUAAUUCAGGGCAAGCACCUCCCACUUUGGUUCUCAUAAACCGGUUUGACAUGAAUAACAAUGCCAACAACACGAGCAGAGGGAUGUCUUAUAAUGGUACGAUGUCAAAUAACGCUUCUUCAUCUGACCUCAAAAACGGGGCUGAAGCAUUUACCGAACAGAAUCUUGCACCAAUUCAGCAAUACAUUCGAAUUCUUUUUGCGGAACAUGGUGUGAUUAAUAAGCUACGCGCAAAGGAGCUGGUGCUGAAAGCAAGGGAAUCACAUUACCCCACCGCCACAAAUCAAAUGCUUAGUGCCGCAUUGCAAUCUCAGGUGCAACCGUUUACUUCCUCAACUUGGGUCUUGAAGACGUUAGGCGAACCUUCCGUUGAUCGGCAUCGUCCUCUUAUCCUUGCAGUACUAUUAGAACUAAAAAUAUUUGAAACUCGUGCCGUCCUUAGUCAGCUAAAUGGAAUAACGAAAGAAUAUAAAGAGAGUUCAACUUCCGACAAGUCACAACCAGAUCAACAGGGCAUACCUGCUCAAAUUGUACAACGCGUAAUAGCGGAAGUUUCAGAAUUCAAAUCUGGCGAAAGAUUAUGGCAUUUGAAAGUUGGAAACGUUAUGGUUGAUUAA